CAAUGGCCACUGCCCCUGAGCUGCUUCUCUAACCACAGACCACGUCUCAUUAUAUAUAUGUCUCAGGUCUAGUGGAUAAAGAUCUAUCUAUCCAUGAACUGUGGAGCAAGAAUAAUAUUAAUGUGGAAAUUGUUUUUACAGCACAUCUGUUUUGUUAGUGAGCCAUGAGUAGUGAGUGGUGGUGAUGGUGAUGGUGGGAGGAGUUUAAAGUCACGCCCACGCACGGUUUAAAAGUCCCCACUCAGGCCUCAGUGGUCACAUUCAGCUGUGACUGACAGCCUGACAGACCCCAGUUACCGCUGGACUCAUCUCGGACUACUAUCAUGAAACUUCUUCAAGACUUCGAGGACGCGAAGGCCAAAAGAAAGAGUCUCAAACCUCAAGUGGAGAGACGCAGAAGAGAAAGAAUCAACCGCAGCCUGGAGAGCCUCAAGACUCUUCUGCUACAGCAACAGGAAGAGUCUCAGCGCAGAGUAGAGAAAGCUGAGAUACUGGAGCACACAGUCCUCUUCCUCCAGAACACAACCAAAGGCGACAAGGCGAAAGCUGGCGGCGGGGGCCGGAAACAGUCCUUUCAAGACGGGUUCUCCACCUGCCUCCACAGAGCGGCUCAGUUCCUGGGGCCGGAGGGGAAGGGCCUGUGGCUCGGAGACGCGCUGGAUGCAUCGUUUGCUGCUCGCUUCCCCCGCGCAGAUUCCGACUCUGCGGCCUCCCACAGGGGAGCCGAAGCUCAUCCCUCCUCCAGCACGCUGCUCCUCAGACAGUCCUCCAGGUCUAUUCUCCGGUCGCUGAUGCACAGAUCCGGGCACAGACUCUGCACGUCCUCCCUCGGUGUCCCCCGGUGCGGUCAGACGCACGCAGAAUCACGUUCGUCUCCCACGACUCCCCUGCAGCCACACACAAAUGUACGAGCGAGCAAACAGAGCCCGCCUCAGCACCACCCGGUCAGCCGGUCUCUGUGGAGGCCGUGGCCCUGAUGCCCGCAGCAACAGAACUUUUAAAGACUAUUAAUAAUAUUCAGUCAUUCAUUAACCACAGUCCCUCUCUGUUAACUCUGGUAAAUGUGUGGAUACUGUACAUAUAUUAUGACCUCACCAACUGCUGCUCCAGCCUGAUGAGGGGAAACUCUGCGCAUUGUGUCACUCGUUUAAUAUUUUUGCACCUUAAUUUAUUUUGUCGUUUGUAAAUAAACAAAAGGAAAAAUGCA